AUGGCGAACGAGUUUUUCCGGGCCUACGGCGGCGACGCCGCGAUCACGAUCUCCCCGCGCGGUCAGAGCAUCAUGGAAGUGUUCGUGGACGGCGAGAAGAUCUUUGACCGGAAGGCCGAGGGCAACAUCUACCCCGACUUGGGCCGCGUCCGCAAGAUGAAGGAAGUCAUUUCCGCCAGGAUCGCCAACGCCGAUCUGGCCGUUGCCGCUGACAACUAG